CGCUUUUCUCUCUUCCUCUCCUUGGUUUUGAGGAAAUGCAAGCAUGUUUUACGUAAACAGACUUUGAAUACGUCUGUCUACCUCAUGCAAAAUCUUGAAGAAGCUGAUCGAUUAUCCAAAAACAAUCCCAAUGAUUGAAAAUGCCUAAUUCUUUGUUGUUUUUGUAUUGAUGCACAAAUGCCGGUAGCAGAUCCCACAUCCGGGCGCAUAUUUAUUUGGAUCAUAUCUUGCUUCUUGUUUUCAUCCAUUGCUCUCGGUGGCACUUUCUUGAUUUUGUAUAUAAUCCUCCCUCCCAAUGCAUCACGAUCUUGGCUUCCGAUCGCCGGUGUAAUCCUAGUUUGCCUCCCUUGGAUCUUUUGGUGCUUCACUUGUGCUUAUCGUAUCUUCUCCCGGGCUCUUGGAUUUAGGGUUGCACUUGGUUCUGGUGGUGGUGGUGGUGGCGCCGCUCCUCCUAAUGGAGGUCGUCCACGCACAAGCGUAUCGACCCACGACCCUACGAGCGGGGAGCCUCCUUCCGAUCAAGUCGAAGAUGGUGAUGGGAGGCGCGUUCAAUUUGGCGGAGUUGUGGUGGUGGGAGAGUGCAAUGAUUAUGAUAAUAAUAAUAAUAAUGAAAACAACGCGAAUUUGAGGGUUUUAUCGAGUGAUUUGUCUAUUUCUUCUCAUGAGAGUGAAAUGCCUUUAACCUCAUCCAUGGCAUCUUGAUCUCCACAAAAACUUCUCAACUCUUCGAUCUACAGUUCGCAAACUUUUAUAUUCAUAAUUUAGUUUCUCCGUUUUCUAUUUCUAUUUCCGUGCAACAUAGAGAUAUCAACUUUGAUUAGAGAAUCCAUUCUUCUUUUUUUUACUUGCCAAGAUCCGAUACGUCAUUUUUAUAGUUUGAGGAUAGAUAAUACGAUAUUGUUGAGUUUAAAUGUAAUGUACAAUUGUAGGUUAUAAUCAUAUUCUUCACUUAUUGCUUUUAGUUUCUUUUAGCAUUUUCUUAA